AUGGCGUUUUUAUUUGUGACUACGUUCUAUCUGACAAUUCUGCUUUAUUCAAUAUCAGGCCAUUCUAGUGAUAGAGACCGAGAUACCCCGGAAUGGCACUACCAGUUGCAAGGAGGCAUCAAGUUAGCUCCAUCAUCCUAUAUUGCAAUCUGCAAUAGGUUUAAUCAAAUAGCUCGCAGUCAAAAGUUAAUAUGCCUGCUAUGCAAGGGCCUGGACCCUUCAUGUCUCCUACCCAUGUCCCACUCGACUUCAACUACAUCCUCUACAACGGCUUCGACUUCUCCGACUACGAGUAAACCGAGCUCUCCGACUACAAUGACCGCUGCGACUACUACGGCUGAAGCUGCAGCAUGAGAAUUUUUAUGUUUGUAAUAUAGUUCUGAAGUAAUUUUGAAUGAGUCAUGAUUUAGAGUUUGGAGAUAUGUAAUAUUUUUAAGACUUUUUCAAAUAAUUGUUUUUUUUAAGAAUACUACUUUCGCCUUGAAAAUAUACAAUCAAUCCUUUACUUAUUGUUA